CCGUUUGAAGGCAACAUGGUGGAAUUUGUGGUUCAGAACGCAUGCGCGCCACUUUCUACGCUGAACAGGGAGACAUGGCGACGUCCCUGAUCUGCGGCCGUUUGACGGCUAGCCUGAGGAACUCAGGGGGCAGAAACAGCAUCAGCUCUGUUUCAAAGGUCCUCGGGGCUCCUUCAGGGCUGUUUGGAGGUCAUGUGUCCCAAGCUCAGCCCCCUCACCUGCAGCAGCAGCAGAGGAACCUCUCCCUGCAUGAGUACAUGAGCAUCGGUCUGCUGAAAGAGGCUGGCAUCUCUGUGCCCGCUGGCAUGGUGGCCAGUUCUUCAGAAGAGGCCUACGCUGUGGCCAAGCAGAUCGGUUCGAAGGACCUGGUGGUGAAAGCUCAGGUUCUGGCUGGUGGCAGAGGAAAGGGGACGUUCGAGGGUGGACUGAAGGGCGGAGUGAGGAUCGUCUACUCCCCUGAGGAGGCUCGUGACAUUUCCUCACAGAUGAUUGGUCGUAAGCUGUACACCAAGCAGACCGGGGAGGCGGGUCGCAUCUGCAACCAGGUGUUUAUCUGUGAGCGCAGGUACCCACGCAGGGAGUACUACUUUGCCAUCACCAUGGAGAGGUCCUACCAGGGCCCGGUGCUGAUUGGCAGCUCACAGGGGGGUGUGAACAUUGAAGAUGUGGCAGCAGAAACCCCAGAUGCUAUUGUGAAGGAGCCCAUCGACAUAGUGGAGGGCAUUAAGCUGGAGCAGGUUGUCAAGGUAGCUCAGAGGAUGGGCUUCCCACCGGCGCUGGUGAACGAGGCAGCAGAGAACAUGAUCAAACUGUACAAUUUGUUCAUCAAGUACGACGCCUCCAUGGUGGAGAUCAACCCUAUGGUGGAGGACUCCUCUGGCAUCGUCAUGUGCAUGGAUGCCAAGAUCAACUUUGACUCCAAUGCAGCGUAUCGCCAGAACAAGGUGUUUGAGAUGCGGGACUGGAGCCAGGAAGACCCCAGAGACCGGCAGGCUGCCAAAGCCGACCUCAACUACAUUGGGCUGGAUGGAACCAUCGGCUGCCUGGUGAAUGGAGCAGGUCUGGCCAUGGCCACCAUGGACAUCAUCAAGCUUCACGGCGGCACACCAGCUAACUUCCUGGACGUCGGCGGAGGAGCCACAGCUCAUCAGGUGACGGAGGCCUUCAAACUCAUUACCUCAGACCGGAAGGUUCAGGCCAUCCUGGUCAACAUCUUUGGAGGCAUCAUGAGGUGUGAUGUCAUCGCACAGGGCAUCAUCAUGGCUGUGAGAGACCUGGACCUCAAGAUCCCCAUCGUAGUACGGUUACAAGGGACGAGAGUAGACGAUGCUAAAGCUCUGAUUGCUGCCAGUCCACUGAAAAUCCUGGCCUGUGACGACCUGGACGAAGCCGCAAAGAUGGUUGUGAAGCUUUCUGAAAUCGUCUCCCUGGCAAAGGAAGCUCAGGUGGACAUCACCUUCCAGCUGCCCAUAUAGAUGGCGAUGCCGUCACAGCCACUGACACGUCUCUCACUGUGGCACGAUGGCAGCAGCAGGUUUCACAUAGCUGGCUUCCCGUCUCAACCCUCCAUGUUUCCUCUAACUUAUGUUGCACUUGAGUCAAUACGCACAAACCUCCACCUCCAGCCUCCCCCUCCCCUCCUCCACUGACCCUGGACUCUGAGAGGAAGGCUCAAGGUGACACAGUCUGUUCGCAGAUGAGCCGAGUCUUUGUUCUGUUGGCUUCCAGAGUGAAUGGUUCCUGUUUUCAGUUGAGGAGGCUGCAGGACGGCGUCUGGACAGCUUCAGAAAUACACUCACAGCUUUGCAUGAGCACCUUCAGUGUCUUGUCUCCAAUUAGAAAUGUAACUCAAUAAAUGAAAAGAGUCGUUUUGAUCCUCCACCACUUUGUUGAAGUGUUUCAUCGCGUUGGGCUGGGCUGAGCCAAGCAGGGAACAGAACACUUUUAAUGCUGCACCACAGAUGUUUGAGAUGAUGAUUUUGUUCUGAAACGCGUGAGAACAAGCUGAUGUUUGACACGUCUCAGCUUCCUGCUCCUGGCUCCCCUGUGCUCGACUGGGCCCCACCUGCGUUGAUCAGUGGCUCAUUGCUGCAGCAUCACGGUUACGGUCGGACGUGUCUGGAGAGUUGGGCUUUGUCCUUGAGACUGUUGUUGUGAUCACGUUCAUGUUGACCAGGCUCAUUUCUACAGAAUAAUUUCACACAUUAAGUACCUCUCGUGUGAGAGCAUUCUUCUCUGACAAUCACAUGGUCCUGCUCAGUCCUGUAAGGUGAAGCAGGAGGUUCAUUCUGACUGCAGGCCGACCCACAGAGUGAAAACCUUGUGGGCUGCAGUAGUUCAUCUUCAUCUCUCUAAUUUGUCCUUUCUUUGGUUUCAUUGCUGCCAUCCUGCCACAGUUUCAAAGACGUGGCUUGUCUUGUAAAUAACCAAUCUGAUGAUCUUGCUCUGUAAAAUAUUUAUGCUCCUUGAAUAAUUAAUAAACUGAGAUCUCAGCUGCUA